AUAAAUAAACUAAGAAUCCAUUGGACUCCCAGUUACAAUCACACGACUCUACUCCAAUCGGGGCUCUCCGCCGCUGAAACCGUCGGCAGAAUCAGAGGAGCGAGUGAAAGAGAGAGCGUAACAAUGGCAGAUGUUAAGGAAGAAGCCGAAACGGCGGAAAUUGAUGCAUCAGAGAUCGAAUACGUUAGCUAUGGAGGUGAACAUCACCUUCCUCUAAUCAUGCGCCUUGUUGACCAAGAACUCAGCGAACCCUACUCUAUCUUCACUUACCGCUACUUCGUCUAUCUUUGGCCUCAGCUCUGCUUCCUCGCGUUUCAUAAAGGAAGAUGUGUGGGUACAGUUGUGUGUAAAAUGGGGGAUCAUCGUCAUACUUUCAGAGGCUACAUUGCUAUGCUUGUUGUUAUUAAACCUUAUAGAGGCAAAGGCCUUGCUACUGAACUAGUUACAAGAUCAAUCAAGGUGAUGAUGCAAUCUGGUUGUGAAGAGGUAACUUUAGAGGCUGAAGUCACAAAUAAAGGAGCCCUUGCAUUAUACGGUCGUCUUGGAUUUAUAAGAGCUAAAAGGCUGUUUAGAUACUACUUGAAUGGGGUAGAUGCAUUUCGGCUCAAAUUGUUAUUUCCUCGUCCAGAAAUGCAACCAUCUUUUCAGACAUUCUCGAGCAAAGAUGAGCAUGAUUAUCAUCAAAUCCCGAUAGAAGGUUGUUGCAGUAGUAAUAUCCCCUAUUUUUGAUUAAUUGUUGAAGAACGUAUUUAUGUUAGGCUUUUCCUAUCAUUAUUCAUCCAUUAAAGAAAAGCAUCUUAAAUACAACAAUGUCAUAAGAAGUUAUUGAUUGUAUUUGAUUCUCAUAUGCCUUAUGUGUGAAGAAACGAAAACUUCUCAAGCUUUUACAGUGAUUUUCAUUGGCUUGGGGUUCCUCAACUACACUGUUACAAUCUUUUGAGAUUUUCUUUGUUCAAA